AUGAAAAUUCAAUAAUCACCUUCUCCUUAAAGUUUUUAUUUCAUUAGUAUAGUUUUAUAAUAGUAAUUCCAAUCCUUUUAUUACUUCUGUUGCAAAUUGCUCACUGCAUAUGAUUGCUAAGUCAUCAGCAUAAAAAUAAUAAUUAUCUAAUUUUUCAUCAGUAUUUAUUUCUUUAUUUCUGCAAUGAAUAAAUCUGUAUAGAUGGCAAAUAAAUAAAGAGAUAGAAUACUUUCUUGUGGUACUCCAUUUUUAAAAGAAUUUUUUAACUCAAUUAUUGUCAAAGUUUAGUUACUAAUUAAUCCUUUGAGAAUUUAGUUUCUUAAUUGCAAAGUAUAGCUCUCUCUUAUAUAUACCGAUAUAAUAGAUUUAAAUUAGCGGUAUUGUAUGUCGAUUUAAAAUCAAUAAUAUUAUCAUAGGCUCCUAAUCUUGAAUUAUCUUUUAAUUAUUUCAAAAUCUGAAAUUAAGUUCCAAAUCCUUUGA